AUGAAGGCAGUAUUGGCUGAGAUCUUGGAUCGCGAGAAGGCCAUAGCUAGGAGACAAGGAGGAUUUGAUGGCAGAGUUGGAGAGAGAAGGUCGUGGUCAUUUCGUGGGCUUCCUCAGAAUGGAGCCUGUCAACACCUGGCAUCUCUGGCUCUUCCUCCUCAUCAGGUCAAAUUCUGGGUUGCAGAAUUUAAGAGGGGUCGGGUGAACCUGGAAGAUGAGCCACGCCCUGGCAGGCCUGUAGAGGUGACCAAUGACCAAACCAGUGAAGCUGUGAGACAACUGGUUGUCAAAGACAGGCGAAUGAAGGUGUCAGAAAUGGCCAACGCCUUAACCAUUUCAGAGGGAAGUGUCCACACCAUUUUGCAUGAUCGUCUGGGUAUGAGGAAGCUGUCUGCCCGAUGGGUCCCGAAAUGUCUGAGUUAUGAUCAGAAGGCUGUACGUGCGUCAAUGUGUCAGGCACUUUUGACGCAAUGCAGUCAGGAUGCAGACAACUUUAUGUGGAGAAUUGUUACUGGUGAUGAAACCUUGGUACACCACUAUGACCCAGAAACCAAAGAACAGAGUAAACAGUGGACUGGCUUUGCUUCACCCCGUCCCAAAACGUUUAAGACUCAACCAUCGGCUGGCAAAGUCAUGGCAACCAUCUUUUGGGAUACCAAAGGGGUCUUGCUCAUUGACUACUUGCCACGUGGCCAGACUAUUACUGGAGAGUACUACUCCGAUCUCCUGGACCGUUUGCGGACUGCUAUUCUUGCCAAACGUCGUGGAAAGAUCACAAAAGGUGUGCUGCUCCAAUAUGAUAAUGCCAGAGUGCACACCUGUCGACUUGCGGUUGCCGCAGUGAAGCGGAACGGGUUCAAAGUAUUGCCUCAUCCACCUUACUCACCAAACCUGGCACCAAGCGACUACUUUCUCUUCCCAAACUUGAAGAAAGAACUGCGUGGACAUAAUUUCCGGUCCGAUGAUGAACUCACGACAGCAGUGGAGGGGUGGUUACACGAACAACCCCAUGGUUUCUAUCACAACGGGCUUUUAGCUCUCGCACAUCGCUGGACAAAGUGCAUAGACCUCAAUGGUGGUUAUGUGGAAAAUGAAGAAGUGAGGAGCAGUAGCAAAUAG